UGAGUUUAAUACUCCUUCAAUGUUUUUUAUUUAUGUCUUUAACUAUGAUUGGAUUGGAAUGAUUGACAAUACGUUAUUUAAGUGAAUCAUUUCUAUUUAUUACAGUAUAAAUAGGGCUAAUUUAGAUGUCAAAUCAUAUACUUUGUCAUAGUUAGAAGUAUGAUGCAUUUUCUGUAAAGAUGGAUAUAGAAAUUUUAUCAAGAUAUUCUUAUAUAGCAUCAGUCGUUGCUAUUUAUUGGAUUGUGUCAAUUUUGACAGUCUUUGUAAAUAAGGCACUGUUGUCUAGUAAAACUGUAAAUUUGGAUGCACCAUUAUUUGUGACAUGGUUCCAAUGUAUUGUGAGCGUUGUUAUAUGUGUAACUCUUAGUAAUUUAUCUAUAUUGUUUCCAAAAUAUCUUAAAUUUCCCAAUGGCAAUCCGUUUAAAAAAGAGACGAUUAAAAAGAUAUUGCCAUUGUCCAUACUUUUUACUGCAAUGAUAGCUUCAAACAACUUAUGUUUAAAAUACGUUGGAGUUGCAUUUUAUUAUGUGGGCAGAUCAUUGACUACCGUGUUUAAUGUUAUCUUUACUUAUAUAAUUCUUGGACAAAAAACUUCAAUGAAGAGUAUUUUAUGCUGUACUAUGAUUGUCGCUGGAUUUUGGCUUGGCGUUGAUCAAGAAAAUGUUGCAGGUUCUUUGUCUGUUUUAGGAACAAUAUUAGGUGUAGUUGGAUCAUUAACACUCUCUUUAUAUUCGAUUCAUACUAAACAUAUUCUUCCUGCAGUAAAUCAAAAUAUUUGGUUACUUUCUUAUUAUAAUAAUUUAUACAGUAUUUUCCUUUUUAUACCCUUAAUGUUAUUUAAUGGCGAACAUUGGGAAGUUUACAAUUACGACAAACUUGGAGAACCUUUUUUUUGGAGUGCAAUGGUCAUAGGUGGUAUUUGUGGUUUUGCAAUUGGUUAUGUUACAGCUCUUCAGAUAAAAGUAACAUCUCCUUUAACGCAUAAUGUCAGUGGUACUGCAAAAGCUUGUGCACAAACUAUUUUAGCAACAUAUUGGUUUAACGAACACAAGUCAUUUUUGUGGUGGACUAGCAAUGUUAUUGUUUUAAGUAGUAGUGCAGCUUAUGCUAGAUUUAGACAACUUGAUUUAAAUGCUGAGUACAAAGCAGAAAGAUUGCUAUUAAAAGUAUAAUAUUAUAGAUUAUAUAUAUAUAUAUAUAAAGUAGGAUACGAUAUUAUAUAAAGAGAGAA